AUGGCGGCAGUGGCAAUGUCAGAGCCCUCAGCCGCUGUCACUGUCACCGACACUGCCCCAGCCCCUGGGACGGCACCGCUGUCCCGCCACGCCCCGCAGGCGCCGCCGUUCGGCCCCUCCGAGCACGCCGCAGUGUUUGAAGCAAUUCCCCCCCUGGAGCCCCUGGGAUCAGAGCCCAAGUGUCUGCAGCAGCAGCAGCCGCAGUGGAAGCCCCGGGAGCGGCUCCGGGACUUCCAGCACACCAAGAGGGUCGGCAACUACCUGAUCGGCAGGAAGCUGGGAGAGGGCUCCUUCGCCAAGGUCCGCGAGGGGCUGCAUGUGCUCACCGGAGAGAAGGUGGCAGUGAAAGUAAUCGACAAGAAAAGAGCCAAGAAGGACACCUAUGUCACCAAGAACCUGCGGCGGGAAGGGCAGAUCCAGCAAAUGAUCCGCCACCCCAACAUUGCCCAGCUGCUGGAUAUUCUGGAAACGGAGAACAGCUACUACCUGGUCAUGGAGCUGUGCCCUGGGGGCAACCUGAUGCACAAGAUCUACGAGAAGAAGAGGCUGGAGGAGCACGAAGCCCGCAAAUACAUCCGGCAGCUGAUCCUGGCCGUGGAGCACCUUCACCGGGCAGGAGUGGUGCACAGAGACUUGAAGAUAGAAAAUCUGUUGCUAGAUGAAGACAACAAUAUCAAGCUUAUUGACUUUGGAUUGAGCAACUGUGCAGGAAUCUUGGGUUAUUCUGAUCCCUUCAGCACCCAGUGUGGGAGCCCAGCAUAUGCAGCCCCUGAACUUCUGGCAAGGAAGAAAUACGGGCCCAAAAUAGACGUUUGGUCCAUUGGGGUGAACAUGUAUGCCAUGCUGACUGGAACAUUGCCCUUUACUGUGGAGCCAUUCAGCCUGAGAGCCUUAUACCAAAAGAUGGUGGACAAAGAAAUGAACCCCUUUCCCACCCAGCUCUCCUCAGCUGCCAUCAACUUCCUGCGCUCUCUGCUGGAGCCAGACCCUGCCAAGAGACCAAACAUCCAGCAAGCCCUGGCAAACCGCUGGCUCAACGAGAACUACCCUGGGAGAGCACCCCCCAAUGUCACCUACCCCAACAGGAUUCACCUGGAGGACCUGAGCCAGAGCGUGCUGCUGCACAUGACUGAGAAGCUGGGCUACAAGAACAGCGAUGUCAUCAACACCGUGCUGUCCAACAGGGCCAGCCACACGCUGGCCAUCUACUUCCUGCUCAACAAGAAGCUGGAGCGCUACCUGGCCAGCCUCAGGAAGGCUGAAGGCCAGGACAGUAUUUGCCACAAGAACCAGCUAUACCAGAUAGAAAAAUACAAGGCAAAUAAAGACUCCUAUGAGGGCAAAAAACCCAAAGAGCAAGAAAAGAAAGGGGAGAUUCUUCACCGUCAGCUCCCAAAGAAAACUGAGAAAAGUCCAGUUUCAUAUAGACAGCCUUCUUCCUGUCUUAUCUCACAGAUCCAGAACACCAAGGCUCUGCUGAAGGACCGGAAAGUCACCAAGGCUGGGGGUCUGGAGAAAGACUCCGGCGGUGGCGUGAGCCCUUUCCACGAGCCCCUGGCACCCAAGAUGGGCUGUGUCACUUCCAGCUCCCUGGAAUACCUGGAGGUCCAGCAGCCACCCCCCAGGACCCCCCGGCUCCUCAAGAGGCAGGAGUCUCCCCAGCCGGAGCCGUCCCGGAUCGGCAGCCGGGCCAAGGACUCCCCUCUCAUCCUGAAUAUUGUGCACUCCUUCGAGUCAGUUGACAGAGAGGACCAAAUAGACCAGGUCUCCCCCUCUCACCAGUACAGGAUUUUAGGCUCCCCAAUGAAUUUCCCUUACAAAAGCUCGAGUGAAAGGACACUGUCCCCGCUGUUUCCCCCGGGGAGCACGUCCCCCGUCCACCCCACCCAAGUCUCCUUCACGUACGAAGAGAAAGCGUAUCCAGCAAAGGAGGAGGCAGUGUCCCCUACCCAGCUGGUCCCCAGCAACCCCCUGGGCAGCCCAAACUGUGUGAAAAGCAGGGGCAGGUUCCCCAUGAUGGGGAUCGGACAGAUGCUGCGGAAGAGGAACCAGACCAUGCAGGCGGCGAGCGAAAAGCCCCUGGAGGCCAGGAUGCCUCAGCUGCAGCAGAUGAGCCCCACACAGAUUUCCUUCAACACAGAGCCUGUCAGUGGCCAGUGUUAGUCUGACACCCCAGGAUUUGCACUGCUCUUCUCUGGGAUCCACCCUUUUUCUCCUUUAAGCAAGAAGGGAAAGCCACAGGCACGUUGCUGUCACUACGCCCUGGUGCAGCACAGGAAAUCGGAGGUUUGCUUGCAAAGGAGGCUUUGUCCUACAUAUUAAAGUUGAAAGAAAAGAGCUCUGCUUGUGCUGUUAAGAAAUACUCACCUUUGGCACCUGACUGUACAGUAAAACACCCUGCAAGAGCUGUGUGGAUCUGCAUUUUCACUGCUCUCACCACUGGAAGAGCCACGAGCAGCCAGGGUUUGGUUCCUGCAGGAAAUCAGUGGUGCCACGGAUGCUGGGCCAGGAUUGUGGUGAGACUGUGCCUGCUCCCCCUGCCUGUGCCACACAGCACGAGGUGCUGCUGCAGGUAUUGCUCCUGGGGCAGGGGAGGGGGAGAAUCCCAGGUGCUCUGGCCAAAGUGAGCUUGCUGACAAGCCCUGCCGAGAAGAUGGAGGUGGUAGAAGCUUCAAUAAAGACACGAGUGGUCUAAUUCAGAAAAAGUGGGAAUAUUGGAAUUCAAAGCAGAAUUUACUGUUAAUUACAUAAAGUAGGUAAUAACACUAUUUCUUUUUUUUUUUUUUCAUGAAGAAAACUAUGAUUUAAUCAUGUCACAGGAAACAUGAUUAUUUAAAAACGAGUGGCAUCGUGUGGAAAUUCACUGCACUAGCCCCUGUUACGUCAAGGCAGCAUUGGACACACCUGAAGGCUUCUCUGAGACUGCAGUGAAUUAAAAAGACUAAUAAAGGACACAUGAACCUUUACCAAGUCCCUUUUAUACUCCAAGUUGGUAAUGUAGUGGUUACCAAAAAUUGGGUAUUGUUAUGAGCAGUGAAGAUUAACUUUCUUAAAAGACACCAUGUUCUGUAUACCAGUUUUGUUUUUCUAAGUAAAUGAUACAUCUGAGAGGUUGGCAACAUUUUUUUUGGUUCUGUUUCUGUCCUCCAGCCAUUUCCUAUAAAUUAGAAGGUUGAGCCAAAGACAAAGACUGCUCUUUUCUCUUGUCUGUGCCACCCCUGUGUACGUGUCUGUGUGUUCAGAGCAUCUCAGCAAAGCCUGUUCCCCUCAGCACUGGAGUUUGGCACUGGAGAAUCCAUGUGCAUCUUGGACCCUUCAGUGGAGAGAGGACUCCCACCUCUGAGGGAGUUGUGCUACCUGUUAAAUAAUGCACAUGAAAGCCCACUAUUAUGAGAAAAGACA